AUGAUUCAAGAUGAAUAGGUAUUUUGCUAUUAAUCAUCAAAAUAAUUAAUUUAAUAAAAGGAAAAGAAAUAACAGCGUGGCUAGGAUAAUUUAAGGUUGUUAUUGAGUAAAAGGACUUCCAUCGAUGUUAUUUCAUAUGAAACUCCUUCUGUAUAUCUAGACAUGAAUUGUUCAUAAGGCAUUAAAAAAUACAAAUUUUUCAUCGGAAUUUUGAAACCAGGAUAAAAAUGGAUAGGGUUGAUCGCUAUUAAUAGGAAUAAACUCUCCAUUGCAGGCAUUUUUGGGGAUAAAAUAAUCCAAAAAGUGACUCUCUGA